CGAGCGACAACUAGUAGGCAACAAAGUAGUAGGAGUAGCGAUUCUGAGUAACCCACCACUGGAAGUAGAGUAAAGGAUAAUGAAGAGAGAUAAGGUAACAUAAUAGAUAGAUAAAAAAGUAAAAAAGUAAAAGAACGGUUUGAAAGAUGCACAAUCUAUUGGUAGAAAAUGCUAGAAAAAUAUUCAAAUAAGUAGUAUAAACACAACUGUCAUGAUAAUCUAAAAUGGUAUAGAGCAUAGUAGAAAAGAAGCUAACGACAGCAUUUUGUAUACGAAAUAGGUAUGCAAAUUUUGUAGGCAUCUAGCAACAAGUAACAAAAUAGAGAAACCCGUACUACAAUACAUAAUUAAAGGGGUAGGAUCAAGCAAUUACAAAAAACGGGAUGCUUCAAAUUUCAGCAAUAAUCAGUUCAAUCAUCUAUAAAUGAGAGGCGUACGAAAGUAAUUUUGGAGACAUGCAACUUUAGAACUUCACCAUAUUGUUGUAUACUGCACGGAAUUAGUAGCAAUUACCAUCAUUACUAUAAUUGAGCUAUGUUUUUAAUGACAUUAUUAGCAAUUUUAUUCGUUUGGUCACUAUAAAAGCUACAGGAUCAAAGUACGAAGAACUUAUCGUUGAUCAUCCUCACACAUGCAGGUUGAUAGUUGUCUAAAGAAGUAAAUAAGUCUACCAUGAAAGGAUACGUGAGUACAAACGUCGUGUGUUUGAUGUGUUUUCCAAUUUUCUGGAGGACUGGUUGUGCCAUUGACACGUGGCAUCAAAACGUGAGCACACUGGCCGUGAACUAUUACCAGGCAAGACAUGCGAAAUCUGUGACUGUUGUAAGCUGUUGGAAGGCUGACGAGCGGUACGAAUUCUUCCGGUUGAUAACGAAAGCUGGAUUGAUGGUGGAUUUUGUGGAACCAAAGCAUGAAACGAUCGUUACGUUACAACCCAAUCGGGUAUCACAAGGUGGAUUGCUGAUUGAUGCAUCUUGCGGGACGGAGAUGUCAGAGUUCUGGCAAAUGGACCAUUCACUGAACCAACUUCUGGUGGGAAAUUUGCACUGGUUGAUUGUUGAAAACAGGAUUCCCAUGGAAAAGGUAACAACAUCCGAACGUGAACUAAUCGAUGAAUUACCUUUACCUAUGGAGUUGCUUUACAAUGAGCGAUUCCGCACGCUUGAAGCUUUGCCCUCCACGAGUGUUGUUUUAGCAUUCCCAAAUGCUGCCGGUAGCUGGGAGCUGCGAGAAUUAUUCAAACCCUACCGAAAGGCUGUUUUGUCGAUGGAAAAUAUUGCAUCCAAUUAUAUGCCAACGGUCGCUGGGUAUGGAGCGCUUGGACAGCAACUGAAGAUCCGGGGGAAUAAUGCUGGACGGCGUCGCAACUUACAAGGAUUUUCCAUGCCAUGCGGAACAGCGACCACAUCUCCGGAAUAUUUCAAAGGAUUCGAUGAUCGUAACGAUGUGCACGAUUUGUUCACCAAGGCUAACUUCCCGUUCAUUAAGGAGCUGAUGUACGAUCUAAACUUUACGCUCAACAUGGUACAGGUGGAUAAGGUGGGCUAUAAACACAACGGGACGUUUAGCGGUGUGAUGGGAAAGUUUCAGAACCGUACGAUAGAGCUCGGUUGCUUGGGAACUUUGAUGCGUACCGAACGGCUCGAGGUGGUCGAUUUCAUGAUCGUCACGUUGAUCAUCAAGAGUAGCAUCAUCUUUCGGCAACCGCCACUAUCGAUUGUGGCCAACAUCUUUGAGUUACCGUUCAGUGUCGGUGUGUGGGCGUGCUGUUUCGGACUGAUGGCCAUCUAUUGGAUUGCGAUGGUUGUGAUACGUUACUUGACGAAGGGAGAAAAGUUUACACCGAUCGAAUCGCUGGUCUACAUCUUCGGUACCAUGUGUCAGCGAGGAUACGAUGUGGUGCCACAUUUCAAUGGAACCCGUCUGCUAAUGUUUUCGUUGCAACUGACCAGUUUCUUCAUUAUAACAUCCUACUCGGCGAGUAUUGUGGCGUUACUGCAGAGCCCUAGUCGGGCUAUUGUGAGCGUCGGUGAUUUGGUACGGUCACCACUAAAGGCGGGUGUAAUGGACACAAGCUAUGGUCGGGUGUACUACCAAGAAACGCAAGACCCGGACGUACAGGACCUCUAUCGGCGGAAGAUCAAACCACACGGAGAACGCGCGUUCAUGGAACCGACCGAAGGUAUCGGUCGGGUAAAACAGGAGAUGUAUGCCUUCGAGGCGGAAGUGAAUGCUGCCUACAAGGUGAUAAAGGAAACGUUCGCACCGGAGGAGGUGUGCAAAUUGCAGGAACUCGAAGCCAUCAAACUACCACCGUUCGGUAUACCGAUCGUGAAGGGUAGUAAGUACCGGGAGCUGAUACGGCAACGGUUGAUGUGGCAGCGGGAGGUUGGCAUCAUCAGGCGGUUCAACAUCAUCUGGAUACACCAGAAGCCGCAGUGUGAAAAUCGAAACGCCGGCUACAGCUCGGUCGGUUUGGUGGAGAUGCGCUAUUUGUAUUUCUUUCUCGCCGUAGGAUUUCUGAUCGCGCUCGUAACGCUGCUGGUGGAACGGUCCUGGUGGCAGGAGGUGACGCAGAAAUUGAAAUCUCGUACCGCAAUAAUCAAACGGGAAAAUCUGAAGCUUAAAAUUUAAUCUUCUUCUGCGAGCCGUGUCGAGCUGUUGGAGAUGGUGCUGGAGGAAAUUGGGGUUGAUAUGAUCGAUAUAAUAAGCGGGCUGGUGUAGCAAUUGCUUUCGCAUUCAUUACGUUACGUUGGAGCAUUUUGUUGUUUUUUUUUCGCCUAAACGCCCUCAAAAAUGGUAGAAUUGAUUGGAGCAAAGAGUUCCUAGUAUUUAAUGAUUGAAAACUCAUUUUUAAAGAAAUAUUUUUUGUUAAGUAUUUAAGGCACUUGCCUUUGAAGGCUUCAUCCAAUCCAUGAGUUUAUAAUGUUUGAAUUAUCACAGUCUAGUUUUCAUAAGUCCUUAUUUGAAAGAUUUUUUUUAGAUGUCUUCAUUGAUUUGGAAACAACUUUUGGCACUGGGCAUUACACCAAACAAAGAAGCAUAAUAUGUACGUCAGCAAUCGCUGUUCCAUUUUUCACACGGGUAAUACACAAUCAAUUCACGUGUAUAGCGCUAGCUAGUGCAAACCAUUACCGUCCAGGUCAUGACUUCGGGGCAGAGAGAGAGAAAAAAAAAAGAAUAAACCAACAUCGAGCAUCUCUUCUUGACAUCGGUUAUCGAUUAUCUGGCGGGGCUCGUCCUUCAAAAAGUUUACUCGUUUACGGUCCGAAUAGCGAGAAACAGCUUACCACAGCAACGUAGGGUAUGCCGGUGUCAGCACACCAGCCGGACCACCGGUGAACGUUUGUCGAAGCGAU